AGGUUCUGGGCCCUGGACUCACUGGAGGCAUUUCGCAGCAAACAAACAACCGCAGAUUCACCGUCUACUCCCAGAAUUGUGAAGUGUGACCGAGUGAGGCGACGGCACUUUGUCUUUUCCAUUUCCCCUGAUCACUCCAAGUUCCAAGGUCGAAGCUUGCUCGUGCCCUACACCUUUUUCGCCUCGCCUUGGCUCAGCUCCAAUUUUCCCGUUUUCGUCUCGGCGUGGGGUGAGAGCGCCGCUAGGAACAAGCAAAGCACCUAGAACCGAAGGAAGAGAGACAAAGGAUCGAACGAUACGCAAGUGAUUAAACGCAAACGCAACAUUCUUCGACUUCUGUCGUUUGUCAAGCUCUUAGGAGGCGAUUGAAGACCGGUUCAGAUCUCCACCAUCACAAUUCACCCUUGUACAGCAGACAGUAUAUCUGCUUCUUCAACGCUUUGAACACAUUUGAAUUGUACCAACAACUGCAUAGAGGGAGGGAGAGAGCGAGAUAGCCCUGUUCUUGAAGAGGAAUAGAUGACGGAUGCACAAAAGUAUGUAUGGGAUGGGGCCAUUCCGCUGCAAGUUCAUCUCCAUGAAUCAGAAGUUACCACUCUCCCUCCUCCUCCACCUGCCCUGCAGCCCUUUUCCUUUACUCCGAAUUGAUUUGAUGUGAUAUCAUCCAGCAUUAUUGCCCUUGUUUUAGCUCCUCGGAUUGGAUACUUGCCUUUGUUGAUUUCUAUCAUAAAGCCUCAUUUCAGCAGUACACUGCCCCCCGGGGUAGAUACAAUGUGGUUUGAAUACAGGGGAUUGCCUCUGAAAUGGUAUAUUCCAACUGGAGUCCUUUUUGAUCUUUUAUGUGUGGAGCCCGAAAGACCUUGGGAUUUAACAGUACACUUUAGAGGAUAUCCAAGCAAUAUAUUGCUACCCUGUGAAAAUGAAGAUAGUGUAAAGUGGAGCUUUAUCAACUCAUUGAAAGAGGCUGCAUAUAUUAUAAUUGGGAACUGCAAGAAUGUCAUGAACAUGUCUCAAACUGAUCAGGUGGAGCUCUGGCAGUCUGUUUUGAAGGGUAACUUGGAUGCCUAUCAACGGGUAUCAUCUAAGCUUAAGCUUGGAACUUUUGGAGAUGAAUUUGUGGCACAUAUUGAUUCAAACGCAAAAAAAUCUCAACAAAGUGGUGGGGAGACAGAUGUGGCUGCGCAAAUGAAGAUAGGUGAGCAACAUGGAGAUGCUACUUUUGGUAGAAUUCCUGUUCGACUCUAUGUAUGGACUGUCAGUGAGGAUUUUGAUGAUUUUGAAGAUGUACCUCCAAUUGAUAGUUGGGACAAAGUCUCUUAUAUAAAUCGACCUGUUGAAGUUCGCAAGGAAGAAGGCAAGUACUUCAGCUUGCGAGAUGCGGUUGAAAGCCUUCUACCGGAGUUUUUCCCGGGAAGGAACCUUAUUGAUGAGAGAGAUCCAAGCACCAAGCAAAGUGCAGGAGAGGGAGAAAAUUCAUGUGAUCCUGUAUCACCUUGCUCCCACUUCGAGAAUGCUAAAAUCAAGCUUGUUCGCAUUCAAGGGAUAGAGCCAAAAUUGGAGAUACCCUUUUCUUGGGUGGUGAGCAACCUAAUAAAUCCUGAGCAUUUUCUUCACAUUUGUAUAUGCUUGAAAGUUUCAGAAGCCAGAACUGUGCAGUAGGUGAUGAACUUUCCAUUAUUUGAGUGGCCUAUAUUUGUUAGGAACUCAAGAUGCAAUUCUUUUGUAAAUACGAUGUACAGAGCGACGUAUAGUUACAUUCUUUUCAUAAUUCAUUUACUCUUUCUCACGAUAGCAGACAUUUGUUUAGGGGAUGAAUUUAUCCCUUGUUGACUAAUCCAGUGAAACGGUUUUGUUUCUCUAUAUGGAAAUGUAGAUCUAUUCCAUUUUUAA